AUGCUUGGUAGCGCUGCAAAAGUAGUAGCAAACAAAGAUAAAACAACUAUUGUAGAUGGCAAAGGAAACCAAGCUGAUAUUGAUGCAAGAGCUGCAACAAUUCGUGGGCAAAUUGAAAAGACAUCAUCUGAUUAUGAUAGAGAAAAGCUCCAAGAAAGACUUGCAAGAAUCGCAGGUGGUGUAGCUAUUAUCAAAGUUGGUGCUGCCACUGAAAUGGAAAUGAAGAACAAGAAAUAUAAGAUUGAAGAUGCACUUAAUGCUACAAGAGCAGCUACGGAAGAAGGUAUUCUUCCAGGUGGUGGGACAGCGUUUGUAAAGAUUGCUGGUAAACUUGCUGAUUUAAAACUGGCUGAUGUAGAUGAACAAAUUGGUGUGCAAAUCGUUCAAGAGGCUAUUAUGUAUCCCGUAAGACAAAUUGCAAACAAUGCAGGACAUAAAGGGGAUUGGGUAGUUGAAAAAGUAAGAGAAGAAAAGGAAUUUAAUAUAGGAUUUGAUGCAAAAACAGGUGAAUUCAAAAACAUGGUAACUGCUGGUAUUAUCGAUCCUGCAAAAGUAUUGAGAGUAUCACUAGAAAAUGCAGUAUCUGCUGCAGCUAUGAUUCUCACAACUGAUGCUGUGAUAGCUGAUGCACCAAAGAAAGAAGAAACACAUAGUCAUGCGCCUGAUAUGGGUGGUAUGUGA